AUUCAUACAGCGGAAUAGUAAUAAAGAAGUCUCCUUCCUCACAUCUCCGUCGUCCGAUCGCUCUUCUCUCCCUCUCAGAUUUCUCCAAACUUCAUCAGCCAAUCCUCUCUGUCUGACUGAGCGCGCCAAAUACAAAUCCAAGGGUUUUAUUUGUUAUUUGAGGUAGAAGGAUGUCGGAAAGUCCUGGUGGCUAUGGCGUCGCCGGUGGAAGCGGCAGUCACGACAACGGCGGGGAUGGCGGGGGAGAUCAGAGCCCCAAGUCCAGCGUACGCGAGCAGGAUCGCUUCCUCCCAAUUGCAAAUAUUGGCCGUAUCAUGAAGAAGGCCCUGCCUGCCAAUGGCAAGAUCGCCAAGGAUGCCAAGGACACCGUUCAGGAAUGCGUGUCCGAAUUCAUCAGCUUCGUCACCAGCGAAGCUAGCGACAAGUGCCAGAAAGAAAAAAGAAAGACAAUUAACGGUGAUGAUUUGUUAUGGGCAAUGGCAACUUUAGGUUUUGAGGACUAUAUUGUUCCAUUGAAGGCCUAUUUAGCUAGGUACAGAGAGGGUGACACCAAGGGAUCUAUUAGGGGUACUGAUGGAUCUGCUAAGAAAGACACUACUGGUGGAUCUCAACUGCAUACAGAUGCACAGGCUCUUUUUCCCGGGACUUCGGCUAUUCAAAUUCCCAGAUCGAAUAUUAAGAUAUUUGUGAAGCUCAUAAAAAGCAAGGAUGAGGCUUGUCUCUGCAGAAUUUGUCCCGAUCCUCCCCACCGCACCUUGACACGUCUGGCCAAGAAAUACGGAGAGCUUAUGCACCUUCGGCUAGGCGAAGUUGACACCAUAGUUGCCUCCUCAUCAAAAACUGCCAGAGAGUUGUUUAAAACAAACGAUUUAGCUAUUUCCGCACGGCCUCAGCUACUUGUGGCUGAGAUUAGUUGCUACGGAAGCACGAAUGUCGUCUUUGCCCCUUACGGCGAGUAUUGGAGACAGUUGAGGAAGAUAUGCACUUUGGAGCUGUUGAGCACGAAGCGCGUGCAUUCGUUUCGCCCCAUAAGAGAGGAAGCCGUUUUAGGUCUGUGCAGAUGGAUAGAGCUGAAACAAGGGACACCAAUCAACCUGACACAUAGAAUAGCGAUGACGAACAACGACAUCAUAGCAAGAGCGGCCUUGGGAAAGACGAGCAGCGACAAGGCUGAGUUCAUAUCCAUCAUUACAGAAUCCCUCAAAUACUUCUCGGGCCUCCACUUGUUCGACGCCUUCCCUUCCAUCAAGCUAUUUCGUCUCGUAAGCCCAGCCAGAAGAGAGAUCGAGAGGCUUCAUCGACUCUCGGACAGGAUUAUCGGGAAGAUAAUCGACGAGCGCAAACGAGCCAAAGCUAAGAGCCAAAAAAAAUACGAGGACUUGUUGGAUGUCCUCUUGGAAAUCCAGGGUGAUGGGACCCAAGAGCUUUCGCUCACUAUUGAAAACGUUAAAUCUGUUACAGCGGAAAUGUUCGGUGCAGGAACCGAGACAACGAGCACAGUAGUGGAUUGGGCUAUGGUCGAACUGUUGAGAAACCCAACAGUCCUCGAAAGGGCACAAACAGAGGUGAGACAGAUUUUCGACGUCAACAACGAGUCGAGCCUUGAUGACCUAAAAUACCUCAAGAUGGUCAUCAAAGAGUCCUUACGAUUACACCCACCGACACCGUUGGUUCCAAGAGAGGCUCGAUCACAAUGCAAGAUCAACGGCUAUGAGAUACCUAUGGGAACUCGAAUCCUUAUCAACUCAUUCGCUAUCGGACGGGACCCAACUCGCUGGCUUGACUCAGAGGAUUUUAAACCCGAGAGGUUUAUGGAAAAAUCGGUUGAUUUUAAUGGGAAAAGUUUCGAUUACAUCCCGUUUGGUAGCGGGAGGAGGGUUUGUCCUGGGAUCACGUUCGGGUUGGCCAGUGUCGAGCUACUGCUGGCCGUUUUGCUUUACUAUUUCGAUUGGGCACUGCCUGCUGAGGUGAAGGCAGAGGAUCUGGAAAUGGGUGAGGUUUAUGGGUUUACAGCUAGAAGGAAGAAGGAUCUUUAUGUGGUUCCUUUUGUUAACAGACCCAUUGGUGGGUCUUAAGGGACCUAAAUUUAUUUUCCUAAUUAUUAUUAAUAAAAUGUUGUUGUGAUUUCAGCUUUGUAACCAUGCAUGGAUGUAUCAUUUGUUGGGUCUUCUCUCGUACCCUUAAUAUGUAACCUUUAAUAUAUAUAAUGCACAAACUUUG